AUGGCGCAACAAUCGUUGAUAUACAGUUUCGUCGCUCGCGGCACGGUAAUCCUCGUCGAGUUCACCGAUUUCAAAGGCAACUUCACCUCCGUCGCUGCACAGUGUCUUCAAAAGCUCCAUUCGUCGAACAAUAAGUUUACCUACAACUGCGAUGGUCAUACCUUCAAUUACCUCGUUGAAAAUGGAUUCACCUAUUGUGUUGUUGCAGGCGAUUCUGCUGGGAGGCAGAUUCCUAUGGCGUUCUUGGAGCGACUGAAGGAGGAUUUUAACAAGAGAUACGGUGGUGGUAAAGCUACAACUGCACAAGCAAACAGCUUAAACAAAGAAUUCGGGUCGAAACUGAAAGAGCACAUGCAGUAUUGCAUGGAUCAUCCUGAUGAGAUUAGCAAGCUUGCUAAAGCGAAUGCUCAAGUUUCUGAAGUUAAAGGUGUAAUAAGGGAUAACAUUGACAAGAUUCUUGACCGUGGUGUGAAAAUUGAUAUUUUGAUGGACAAAACCGAUAACCUUCGCUCACAGGCGCAAGAUUACAAAACGCAAGGAACUAAAAUCAGAAGAAAGAUGUGGUUUCAGAACAUGAAGAUCAAACUCAUUGUUCUUGCAAUCAUCAUUGCCUUGAUUCUCAUUAUCAUCCUCUCAGUUUGCGGGGGAUUCAACUGUGGCAAAUAG